AGUUUUUAUUCCUAUUCCGCACAGCAAGCAUAUAAGCAAGCAUUGCAAUACCAUAAAAUAAUUCCGAAACAAAGUGCAGCAACACCACCCUUGACUAGGAGCUCAAUGUCAGCAUCAAAUAGGUCUUCUUCUCCUAAUUCUGCUAGCAUCUCUGGAAUAAAUGAAAACGAGGUGAAGUUCAAGAUUGCAACAUGUCACAAUUCACUGAGUGAGAAUAGAGCUGCUCUAGCUGAGAUGGAGGGAAUUCGAAGCACAUCAAGGAAUUUAGAGAUGAAUCUUAUGAUGGCAAAGCUUUACCGAAAUUCUAGGCAUACUCGCUCUGCUAUUGGCUGUUAUAAGGAGUGUUUGAGGCAGUGCCCCUUCAUAAUUGAAGCUAUAACAGCCUUAGCUGAAUUGGGUGUUGCUGCCAAGGAUAUUAUUUCACUAUUUCCACAG